CUGAUCAUCUUUUCAAUCUCGUUCAAACAAAUCAGCCUGACCUCCAUUGUUGCCGAUCGCCCUACCCAAUUCCACAAUCGGAAAUUCCUUCCAACAGAGUUUUUGCUUUGCGUUUGUGAGAGAGAAGAAGAAGAAGAACAACAAAAAAGGGUUGGGGUAAAACCCUGGAACGACAAGUUGCAGACAUCACGGCUAUACACGGAGCAACGCGGCCCCUCGUACAUGUCCGAUCAGUACGCCGGAAGGGUGCAAUAACGAUUGAGAGCAACCCUUCGACGCACGGUGGACGUGGCGCUUUGCCGUCCGAAGGCGGUAGUCCUUCAGACCUCCUAUUUCUCGCCGGCGGCGGUUCAGCCUUCUUCGUCCUUCUCGUAGAUUAGGUUAGGUUUAGGCCUAGGGUUCUAAGUAUAUAUAUCUAUUAUUAUCAUAUAAAAUUGUGAAGAUUUGCUUUCGUGAUCGCUGUUGUCUACUUAAAUCAAUCAAUUAAUCCAAGAAGAUGUUGAGGAUCAAGAGGGUUCCUACUAUUCUUUCCAAUUACCAGAAAGAGGAGGCUGAGGAUGGCGGUGCAACCCGUGGUUGCGGCCGUAAUUGCCUGAGAAACUGUUGCAUAACAGUUUUCAAUAUCUUGGGGUUCGAUACAGGGGCUAAGCUACCUUUGUAUGCUUUUCCAAAAUCCAACAAGAAGGUUGAUUCAUGCGACAAAAUCGAGUUCCCUUUUUCCUUCUUGGACUCCCUUCUUCUAGGAGAGUGGGAGGAUCGCAUGGAAAGGGGACUUUUUCGUUAUGAUGUUACUGCCUGUGCAACUAAGGUGAUUCCAGGUGAACAUGGCUUUGUUGCUCAGCUGAACGAGGGUCGCCACCUGAAGAAGCGUCCCACUGAGUUCCAAGUUGAUAAGGUGCUGCAGCCCUUUGAUGAGAACAAGUUCAACUUUACCAAAGUUGGACAGGAGGAGGUGCUCUUUCAGUUUGAAGCAAGUGAAGAUAAUGAAGUCAGUUUCCAUCCAAAUGCUUCUGUUGAUCUUGGCAAAUCCCCAAGUGUUGUUGCCAUUAAUGUUAGUCCGAUUGAAUACGGGCACGUACUUCUGAUUCCUCGAAUACUUGAACGUUUACCUCAAAGGAUUGACCAUGAAAGCUUAUUGCUUGCACUGUAUAUGGCACGUGAGGCUGCAAGUCCACACUUUCGUCUAGGUUACAAUAGCUUGGGUGCAUUUGCUACUAUCAAUCAUCUUCACUUCCAGGCUUACUACUUGGCUGUGCCAUUUCCAAUUGAGAAAGCUCCCACUAGAAAGAUCAGUGAGUUCAAUGGUGGGGUUCUGAUUUCUGAGAUUUUCAACUAUCCUGUUAAAGGUCUUGUGUUUGAGGGUGGAAAUUCUCUUGAAGAUUUAUCCAAUGUUGUCGCUGACUCCUGCAUAUGCCUUCAAAACAACAAUAUACCUUACAAUGUGCUAAUUUCAGAUUCCGGGAGAUGCAUCUUUGUCCUUCCUCAGUGUUAUGCGGAAAAGCAGGCUCUUGGAGAAGUGAGUCCCGAGGUUCUAGAUACACAGGUGAAUCCAGCCGUGUGGGAAAUCAGUGGGCAUAUGGUGUUGAAAAGGAAGGAGGAUUACGAAUGGGCAUCGGAGGAAAAAGCUUGGAGGCUUCUUGCAGAGGUUUCUUUGUCUGAAGAAAGGUUUCAUGAAGUGAUAACAAUUAUAUUCGACGCCAUUUCCUGUGGCGUUAACGAGAAGAAGUUGGUGGCUGACGACCAUCAAGAUAUCGACCAAGUUGGUGGUGUGAACAACGGACCCAAUGCAGAUGCAGCCGUGGUUCCUGGUAAGCAAGAAUGCCUAGUUCAAUACUAGGUUGGUAUCAUUAUCAUAAUCAAGAGCAUAUAAUUAUAUAUAUAUAUAUAUAUAUAUAUAUAUAUAUAUAUUGGAUUUGGGUGUGCUAAAUAAAGCAAAAACAUGGGAUUGCUGUAGUAUUUGCAAAAUUCCUGUGUGUGGUGGUUUGAUUGUAUAGAUUUUCAGUGUGUGCUAGCUGCUCUAUGAGCUAUAGCUAAUGGAUGUUUGAUGAAAUUGCUGGUUUGUUUCUUGUAAAUGGAUUUGGUAUUGAUAUUGGUGUUUGUGAGAAGUUAUGAUCUUCUAAGUUU